UCAUUUUACUCCUUUUUGAAGCAGUCGCCUGUUUUAUCCCAGUUUUCAUUUCACAAUCCCGUGCGCGUAUGUUCGCCUUCUUCUUCUGAACAAGUUCGCCUUCUCUCCUCUUUUUCCCUUCACCGAAAAGGUCUUCAAGAUCCCGGCUGAUGAACGUCCGUUGAGAUGCUUUACGGUUCUAACACUUGCCUUUUCUCCCCCCUCAUUUAACUUGAGAACGGUUAAUCUUGAGUGCACUGAACUUGGUUUGGGAUCUAAAAUAAAGACGAAAACCCAGAGGGAUACAGAGCUCGUCUUUGGAUAAGGACCUCGCUUGCUUUCCCUUGUUGCACUUCGGGGAAGAUUUUUUACCCCCUUUCAGCUGGUUUUGUUAAUCCAGGUGGCCUUGUUUUGAGAUUGAAGGAGGAUUAUUUAGUUUGAAUUGGUGUUAAGGAAGAGAUCCCCGAAGGCUCUUUUCAUGUUCUCCAUCCAGGACAGCCUCCCGCGGGGAGCCUUCAUGAAAGAAGAGCCCCUUACCAGCGGCAUGACGCCGGUCCGAUCGUGGAUGCAGAGUGCGGGGAUUCUGGAUGCGAACACGGCGGCACAGAGCGGAGUGGCACUGGCACGCGCCCACUAUGAGAAGCAGCCGCCCUCCAACCUGCGCAAGUCCAACUUCUUCCACUUCGUGCUGGCGCUGUACGACCGGCAGGGCCAGCCCGUGGAGAUCGAGCGGACCUCCUACGUGGACUUCGUGGAGAAGGACAAGGAGUACAACGGAGAGAAGACCAACAACGGGAUACACUACAGGCUACAGCUCCUCUAUAGCAACGGAAUCAGGACAGAGCAAGACCUGUAUGUGCGGUUGAUAGACUCCAUGACCAAACAGGCCAUCUUGUACGAGGGCCAAGACAAGAACCCUGAGAUGUGCCGCGUGCUUCUCACCCACGAGAUCAUGUGCAGUCGGUGCUGUGACAAGAAGAGCUGUGGGAACCGCAAUGAGACCCCUUCCGACCCGGUUAUCAUCGACAGAUUCUUCUUGAAGUUCUUCCUCAAGUGCAAUCAGAACUGCUUGAAAAAUGCAGGGAACCCAAGAGACAUGCGACGGUUUCAGGUGGUGGUGUCCACGACUGUCAACGUCGAUGGCCAUGUCCUCGCCGUUUCCGACAACAUGUUCGUCCACAACAACUCAAAACACGGCAGAAGGGCGAGGCGCCUCGACCCCUCUGAAGCAGCCACCCCCUGCAUCAAAGCCAUCAGCCCGAGUGAGGGCUGGACGACCGGGGGGGCCACCGUCAUCAUCAUCGGGGACAACUUCUUCGACGGCCUACAGGUGGUUUUCGGCACCAUGCUGGUGUGGAGCGAGCUGAUCACACCCCACGCCAUCCGGGUCCAGACACCCCCUCGGCACAUUCCGGGGGUUGUGGAGGUUACGCUCUCCUACAAGUCCAAGCAGUUUUGCAAGGGGGCACCUGGGCGCUUUGUCUACACAGCCUUGAAUGAACCCACCAUCGACUAUGGCUUCCAGAGGUUACAGAAGGUCAUCCCCAGACACCCCGGAGACCCCGAGAGAUUACCCAAGGAGGUGCUCCUGAAGAGGGCAGCCGACCUGGUGGAGGCUUUGUACGGCAUGCCGCACAACAACCAGGAGAUCAUCCUAAAGCGAGCGGCCGACCUGACAGAAGCCCUCUACAGCGUCCCCCGCAGCCAUAACCAGCUGCCCUCCCUUACCGGCUCGGCCGCCCACUCAGGCAUGAUGGGGGUCAACUCCUUCGGGGGCCAGCUGGCCGUUAACAUCUCAGAGGCCUCGCAGGGUGACCAGGGUUACUCCCGCAACUCCAACAGCGUGUCUCCCCGGGGCUACGCGCCCAGCUCCACGCCCCAACAGUCCAACUACAACACCAUCACCUCCACCAUGAAUGGCUAUGGGGCGGCAGGCAUGACCAACCUGGGGGUGCCCGGAUCUCCUAGCUUCCUCAACGGCUCCUCCGCCAGUUCCCCCUACGCAAUCAAACAGAAGAGCGCCUUCGCCCCUGUCGUGCGGCCACAGACCUCCCCGCCCCCCACCUGCACCAGCACCAAUGGGAGCAGCCUACAGGCUAUGGCUGGCCUCAUCGUCCCACCUAUGUGAACAGGGGCACCGGGAUUUGCAAGGCCUACGUCACAGUCAUCUGCCCUCGUAAUCUUUCAGACCACAGCAUCCCCACCCCCGCAUCGCUCCCCCUGC